AUGAUUUUUCAAAGAAAAGAACUUUCCCAAACUCAACCCCUGAAAUUUCUUCCCACAUUCCGAGAAAACCCAAGAAAAUUGCCCGCAAAACAAGAAAAUCCAAACAAGGGUCUUCUUCAAAACUCGAAGAUUUUGCAGGUGAUGUCCCAAAUGAAGCACAUUGACAAUAUCUCAUCAACCCCAGGAAAGUUCAAGAUGGAAAAAUCUCCACAUAUACACAGAUUGCGGUGGCAUUCUUCUUUGGCCAAGCUUACCUUCUGGUCCCUAGUGUUCUCGGGCUUGAUCUUCAUCUUCUUCUACAGAUCACCAUCUUCAUCUUCACCGACACCCUCAGAUCUCUCUCGCCGAUCGCUUCGAACUAAUUCCUAUGGCGGACCCGCCUGGGAAAAACGCGUCCGGUCCUCGGCUCGAGUCCGAUCCAAUAAUGGGAUCUCUGUGCUUGUCACCGGAGCAGCCGGGUUUGUCGGAACCCACGUCUCCGCCGCCCUGAAACGCCGUGGGGACGGUGUUCUGGGCCUUGAUAAUUUCAAUGACUAUUAUGAUCCGUCAUUGAAACGAGCUCGUCAAGCUCUCUUAGAGCGGUCUGGGGUCUACAUUGUGGAGGGUGAUAUCAAUGAUGUCUCUCUCCUCAAGAAGCUUUUUGAUAUUGUAGCAUUUACCCAUGUAAUGCAUUUGGCCGCACAGGCCGGUGUGAGGUAUGCAAUGGAAAAUCCAGGCUCUUAUGUUCAUAGCAACAUUGCUGGGCUUGUGAGUGUUCUUGAGGUUUGUAAAAGUGCCAAUCCACAGCCUGCAAUUGUGUGGGCAUCGUCAAGUUCUGUUUAUGGAUUGAAUACCAAGGUUCCGUUUUCGGAGAGAGACAGAACAGAUCAGCCUGCUAGUUUGUAUGCUGCAACUAAAAAGGCUGGUGAAGAGAUUGCACAUACUUAUAAUCAUAUAUAUGGACUUUCACUUACUGGGUUGAGGUUUUUCACAGUUUAUGGACCUUGGGGUAGGCCAGAUAUGGCUUAUUUUUUCUUUACUAGGGAUAUAUUGAAGGGGAAGUCAAUACCCAUCUUUGAAGCCCCUAAUCAUGGUACUGUUGCUAGGGAUUUCACCUACAUUGAUGAUAUUGUAAAGGGUUGUUUGGGUGCAUUGGACACUGCACAGAAGAGUACUGGUAGUGGUGGGAAGAAGAAAGGGCCGGCUCAAUUGAGGGUGUACAAUUUGGGUAACACUUCUCCUGUGCCAGUUUCGGAUCUUGUGAGCAUUUUGGAGAGGCUAUUGAAAGUGAAAGCGAAGAGGUCAAUAAUGAAGUUGCCACGAAAUGGAGAUGUGCAAUUCACCCAUGCCAAUAUAAGUUUGGCUCAUAGGGAGCUUGGGUAUAAGCCCACGACAGAUCUGCCCACAGGUUUGAAGAAAUUUGUUCAUUGGUAUCUCAGUUACUAUGGAAAUGGAAAGAAGAGUGUGCAGUGA